AGAAGGCUAUGAACUAGGAGCAUGGCACAUAUUCCACGGAACCUGGCAAAUAGUGGACCUAAAUUCCCUACCAGCUCAGUCGGUCAGCAUUUGCUCGAUUGUACCUUGUGCAAAAACCCACGUAACCCAUUCAACGUUAUCAGCAGACAAAACAACGCGAGUUUGCUUCGUUUCGCUGAAACCUCUGCCAUCCGACGAAUGAAACUAAAUCUUUGCAAACAGGUAGAUCUUGUGGUUACUGGAGCAAUUGAUCCGACCUCGUACGUCACACGCCUGAGGCAACACUUCAGUUCAAUUCGUCCUGCACCACCUCGAAUCAGUCCUCGGAGUCAACAGGUACACCCGGAUUUGCACACUUGCCCCUUCAUUUUCGUGCGUGUCGAUUCCGUCCGUAUAUCUCUGACACCGCCGUACGAGGACCCCUUUAAGGUUGUUGCCUGGAGAGAGAAGCACUUCGUGCUGGAUAGAAAUGGUCAUUAAGGUACUGCGAGUAUUGACCGCUUGAAGCCGGCUUACAUCGAGACGCGGCCACUAUCGAAACCCACGGUCAUUCCUGUCACCGAGCAGCCCACGUUCUCAAGUACGCCACCUACUCAGCCCAUGUGUGACACCACUGUUCCCUCUUCUGCACCACAAACAUCUCACGAUAAACUCAAAAUCGCAUCACCGAACACGCUUCGGACGUACAGUUUUUCUCCCUUCCAGACUACGGUAAAUGACAAGUAUCGAGCUUCCGUCUCAGUGACUCACGCUCCAGGGGGGGGAGUUCUGUAGCGAUUGUACAUAUCUCUCUUCCCAAUUGUACUUUCGUCUUCUCAUUUCAACUAUUAUUGUACAGUUUUUUUAACUGACCAACAACCGAUAAAAGACUUUCAGGUUUCGA